GUUUAAUUUACUUAGUGCACAUUUUCCUUUCAUUUGUGAUAGACAUUUCGUAAAGUACUAAUAAGUAAGUCAUAACUUACAGCUAAACCAACAAAUGCACCUUUUUAGAACAGAAACAAGACCGAUUGUGAAACACGGAAAUGCUUGACGGCGGACACAGGACAUACGUCUUUCAAAAUAAAACGUCCUAUACGGAAACAGGAAUGCAGGACAAUUAUUUUUGAAAGAGUAACCGGAAGCAAGCAGAAUUAACCGGAAGUGGCUCUAUUUCAACGCAAACUAGCUGGAGUAGCAUCGACGUCGCUAGUUUGGGACGAAAUGUUUAGUUUUGUAGUCGAAAGGGACACUUUGUUUGUAUUUUGACUGUCGAGUGGGUGACCUUUAAGAGGAUAUAUCGUCCAGAUGAUUCCCACGGAGGACGCGUCAGCCAGGAAGAGAGAAAUUGAGGAGAAACUGAAGCAGGAACAAGAGACGCUGUCGUUCAUCCGCGAGAACCUGGAAAAAAGUGAUCAGCUGACCAAUGGCAUGGUGUCCAUCCUGUCCUCCUUUGAGAGCCGCCUGAUGCAGCUGGAGAACUCCAUCAUUCCCGUCCACAAGCAGACGGAGAACCUCCAGCGCCUGCAGGACAACGUGGACAAGACCCUGUCCUGCAUGGACCACGUCAUCAGCUACUACCACGUGGCCAAGGACACCGACCGCAUCAUCCGGGAGGGACCGACAGGCCGACUGGACGAGUACCUGGCCUGCAUGGCCAAGAUCCAGAAGGCGGUGGAAUACUUCCAGGACAACAACCCUGACAGUCCAGAACUCAACACAGUGAAAGCCCGCUUCGAGCGCGGCAAAGAGUUGCUGGAGGCGGAGUUCCGCAGCCUCCUGACCCGCUACAGCAAGCCGGUCCCGCCCAUCCUCAUCCUGGACGCCAUCAGCGUGGACGAGGAGCUGGAGGUUCAGGAGGACGUGGUCCUGGAACACCUGCCCGAAGCCCGGCUCCAGGAGAUCAUCUGCAUCGCCGGCUGGCUGGUGGAAUACGGACGCAACCAAGAUUUCAUGACCGUCUACUUCCAGAUCCGGUCCAGUCAGCUGGAUCGCUCCAUCAAGGGCCUGAAGGAGCACUUCCGCAAGAACAGCGCCUCCUCCGGAGUCCUCUACUCGCCGGCGGUCCAAGCCAAGCGCAAAGACACGCCCACCAAGAAGGUUCCCAAGAGGCCAGGGACCAUUCGCAAGGCUCAGAACCUUCUGAAACAAUACUCCCAACAUGUGGAUGGCAAGAAGGCUUCUAACCUCACUCCUUUGGAAGGUUACGACCACGACCUGCGGGUCAGACACCUGGCCGACGCCCUGGCCGACAAGGGCUCCACAGGUAAAGAGGACGUGCUGGACAUCGAGAUGGACUCCUACAUCCACGCCAUCAGCGCCUUCAUCAAGCUGGCGCAGAGCGAGUACGCCCUCCUGGCGGAGGUCAUCCCCGAGCACCACCAGAAGAAGACCUUCGACUCGCUCAUCCAGGAGGCGCUGGACAACCUCAUGCUGGAGGGAGACAACAUCGUGUCGGCGGCUCGCCGCGCCAUCCUGCGCCACGACUACUCUGCCGUGCUCACCAUCUUCCCCAUCCUGCGACACCUCAAGGUCAACAAGUCCGACUUCGACGCCACCCUGCAGGGCACGGCGGCCAGCACCAAGAACAAACUGCCCACGCUCAUCACCUCCAUGGAGACCAUCGGCGCCAAAGCCCUGGAGGAGUUUGCAGACAGCAUCAAGAACGACCCCGACAAGGAGUACAACAUGCCCAAAGACGGCACCGUGCACGAACUGACCAGCAACGCCAUCCUCUUCCUGCAGCAGCUGCUGGACUUCCACGAGACCGCCGGAGCCAUGUUGGCCUCGCAAGUACUGGGGGACACUUACAAUAUCCCCUUAGACCCCCGAGAGUCCAGUUCUUCAGCCAGCAGCUACACCUCAGACUUCAACAAGCGUCUGCUCAGCUCCUACAUAUGUAAAGUUCUGGGGAACCUCCAACUGAACCUCCUCAGCAAGUCCAAAGUGUACGAGGAUUCAGCUCUGAGCGCCAUCUUCCUGCACAACAACUACAACUACAUCCUCAAGUCUCUGGAGAAGUCAGAGCUGAUCCACUUAGUGACUGUGACCCAGAAACAUGCAGAAGGUUCCUACAGAGAACUGAUCCAGCAGCAGAUACACCUGUACCAACGCAGCUGGGUCAAAGUUACGGAGCACCUGACAGACCGCAACAUGCCCGCCUUCCAGCCCGGCGCCAAGCUGAAGGACAAAGAGCGGCAAGUCAUCAAGGACAAGUUCAAGGGUUUCAACGAGGGUCUGGAGGAUCUGUGCAAGAUCCAGAAGGGCUGGGCCAUCCCUGACAAGGAGCAGCGAGACUUCAUCCGCCGCGCCCAGAGGGGGGUGGUGUCUGACGCCUACAGGAGCUACCUGCACAGGUGCGCCAACAUCUCCUUCACCAAGAACCCAGAAAAGUACCACAAGUACCGCCCCGAGGAAGUGGAGGACAUGAUCGAGAGGCUCUUCGACACCUCCGCUUAAGCCCCGCCCCUCCUGUCACCUGCCAUGUGUGCGUGCGUGAUGGAAAUAUUAAAGGCAAGUGUUUUGAUGCUAAUUAUGAGCUUCCUGUCAGUCCAUCAUGACUGUACCUAAUGAUUAGGCCGUGUUGACACCUUAUUAUGAAGUCAUCACCAUGACUCCGCCUCCUCUUCUUGGCGAGCAUGCAGUUCAUGUCAUACAGGAAGAAGAGCAGACGAGCGAGUGCAGUGACAGGAAGUGUGCGACAGGCCGGACUAUGACGUCAUGCACUGGACAUGUGUAAUACCACUGUGGGCCACAAGAGGUCACCGUGGACUCAUUUUCAACUCUUGCUGCCCCCUGCUGGCAGCUUUGUGCUCCUCGGCGUCAGCUGAUGCCAGGUCAAAGGUCAGCGAGCUCAAGCGUGCUCAGGCCAGCGCCGCGUGGUUUCCCGCCAGAAGCUGAUGUUUCCUUCGCCUCAUCCCUGCCAUUAUGCAAACAUAAACAACACUGGCCGUGUGAGAAGUCUGCAAGCAAACAUCACGCCCACGCAACAUGGCUGACCUCUGACCUUCCCCAAGACGUCAUCUGCACGCCACUCGUCUACCUCCUGGAGUCGUGCUCCACUUCCUGUGUCGUUUGGACCGCGGGCGUCCAAAGUUAUUGCCUGCAGCUCAUUUUGUGACGCCACACAUUCUCAUUAAAGUAAUUCUCAUAACACUCAUUAAAGUAAUCACUGCAAAGUGGAAUGAAAGAUCAAA